AUGUCUGCGCUCCCUCCUCCGCCCCCGCCGCAAUGGGUCGUCGCGCUCAACUCCCCGAUGCCGCGUCCUACGAAGGCGGCCAACAGCAUCCCGGAUCCACCUGGCUUCUCGAGCUCAAGCACCCGAGGUGGUAAACAGGUGAGCUUGCAUAGCGCAGACAAGAUCGUGAUCAGGGCUGACAGGGGUACCUACCAGCGUCAGCAACAGGACAAACAACCGAGCGCAAAGAGACCCGAAGAGACCGACGCCCUGAAGCUGAAGAAGGCUUGGGAGAUCGCCAUCGCCCCGUCGAAGCAACUCCCCAUGCAAGCGAUCAUGAUGUACAUGUCCGGCAACAGUCUUCAGAUCUUCAGCAUCAUGAUGGUUCUGAUGCUGUUCAAGGGUCCCAUCCAGGGCUUGAUCAACACCAAUGCGGCCUUUGCUAAAUACGAGACACCGUCGACACGUGGACGCCUGCUUGGAGUGAAGGCGGUAUAUGUCUUGAUGCAACUGCUACUGCUGGCUCUUGGGGUGUGGAAAGUUAAUGGAAUGGGACUGUUGCCAACCACAAGGUCGGAUUGGCUUGCGUGGGAAUCAGAGCGCCAGCCUCUGGAACGGGCAUAUUUUGCAUUCAAGUGA